UAAAAAGACUGACGGCGGCUUGGGCCUUUCUCUAUCUUACGCUGCGUGCGCAACGUAAGCGGCCGCUGACUGUUGACUGUUUGCUCUAUUCCGCCAUUAAUAUAUCUCCGAAUUCUCAACCCCUCCUCCCGCCUAGUUCCCGGUCAUUUAAUUCACCUAAUUAAUAAUUACUCACCUUCCGCCGGGCCCACCGCUUUAUUUCACCCUCCGCGCACGUUAACAACAUUUUGUACUGGCAAAAGUCUAACAGCUACUGAUUUGCCGAAAACGCAGGAAUUUCUGUUCUGGUUUUCUCGAGAAGUGGAAAAUUUUUUCUCCUUGAGAAAAUGGGGAAGAAGAAAGUGAUGCUGCCCGCCAAUGAGGUUGACUUGGCUACGGUGAAAUACCAGUACGAUAAAAUUGAAGCGCCGCAUUUGACUGGAUUUUCACUCAAGUUGUUCGUCAAAUUGGUGGAGACGCCGCUGAUUGGUUCCUUGAUUAUAUCUCGUUUGAAGAAGGAUAAUAAAAUGAUUGAGAUGCUGAGAAAUACUGUGAUACCAGAGCCUCCAAUGUUUAAACCGGAGUUCCCUCCACAAGAGUCAGAGAGUGAGGUUAUUCCUUUGGAUGAGAAUGGAAAGCCUGAAGGAAGAGUUGAAUUAGCCUUGAAGAGUCUUCCAGACUAUGAUCCUGCCAAUAGUUUUAUUGCUGAUUCUUCUUCACCUUUCCGCUACUGGAAGAUUCGAGAUUAUGCAUAUGCAUACAGAUCUAAGCUUACAACCCCGUCUAUCGUUGCAGAGAGAUUCAUCUUAGCAAUAGAUGAGUUCAAAACUAAGAAGCCCCCAACUCCAUUGUUGAUUUCUUAUGAUCCAGAGCUAAUAAGAAAGCAAGCUGCAGCUUCCACUCGGAGGUUUGAGGAAGGGUGCCCAUUAUCAAUUCUUGAUGGAAUUUUUAUUGCAAUUAAGGAUGAUAUUGAUUGCUGUCCUUAUCCCUCAAAAGGUGGAACAACCUUUUUCCACGAGGUUCGUCCUGUAGAAGAGGAUGCACCAUGUGUUGCAAGGUUACGUACCUGUGGUGUGAUCUUAGUUGGGAAGGCAAAUAUGCAUGAAUUGGGUCUGGGAACGACAGGAAAUAAUCCAAAUCAUGGAACAACAAGAAAUCCACAUGAUCCUGAAAGAUAUACUGGUGGAUCGUCCUCAGGACCCGCAGCUAUUGUAGCUUCUGGAUUAUGUUCAGCUGCAUUAGGAACAGAUGGAGGAGGAUCAGUCCGUAUUCCUUCCUCGUUGUGUGGUGUAGUGGGGCUUAAAUCAACAUACGGGAGGACUGAUAUGAAAGGAUCAAUAUGUGACUCGGGGACAGUAGAGAUUAUCGGUCCCAUCACAUCAACUGUCGAGGAUGCAAUACUCGUGUAUGCGGCAAUUUUAGGAUCAUCAACCGCUGAAAGAAUCGCCUUGAAACCUUCGCCCCCUUGUUUGCCUAAUUUAACUUCACAUGAUAGUCGAGAUGUUCUUGCAUCAUUGAGAUUGGGGAAGUACACAGAGUGGUUUAACGAUGUAUUCUCUACUGACAUCUCUGCUAAGUGUGAGGAUGUUCUCAACCGUUUAUUAGAAGCACAUGGAUGCAAGACAGUGGAGAUUGUUAUACCUGAGCUUCAUGAGAUGCGCAAUGCUCACAUUGUUUCAAUUGGCUCUGAAUCAGCAUCUGGAUUGUAUCCUGAUUAUGAAGAUGGAAAAAAAGUGAAAUUUACACUCGACACACGGACGAACCUAGCACUUUUCCAGUCCUUUUCUGCAACAGACUAUGUUGCUGCUCAAAGUCUGAGGAGAAGGUUAAUGUACUACCACACGGAGAUUUUUAAAAAGGUGGAUGUCAUUGUUACUCCAACUACUGGGAUGACGGCACCUCCCAUACCUCCAGCUGCACUUAGUUCUGGGGAGACAGAUUUGCAAGUUUCAGGAAAUUUAAUGCGCUUUGUCGUAACAGCAAAUCUUCUUGGAUUUCCUGCAAUAUCUGUCCCGGUUGGAUAUGAUAAGCAAGGACUCCCAAUUGGCCUACAAAUCAUAGGCCGUCCGUGGUGUGAAGCUACAGUUUUACGGUUGGCUGCUGCUGUAGAGGAACUUUGUUCUGAGCCAAAGAAAAAGCCAUCGCAGUUUUACGACAUCUUGAAAGAGGAUUGAAACAACAGCAGGGCAUGUUUACUCAAUUUUUCAAUCGAUAUCUGAAAUAAUUAUGCAUGCACGGCAAAUUUAUUUCCUCAAAUAAAGUUAUACGUGUAUGAGCUUCCUCUGUGUACUACAAAUACAACUACUUUUCUGCAACUAACCUUUAAAUUAAAGCGUGUAUGAGUUACACCUA